AUGACUGUGGAGGAGAAGCGGAAGCACAUGGGCUCUGAACUCCCAGGGACGUGCCUGCAUGUUCCAGCUGCAUGGCCCCUAUCAGGAAUUCGCCCGCAGACACCACCUUCCUAUCUGCCCCUGGGGCCCUUGGCUGCCGAGCUGGCCUGUCAAGCACCUGCAGCCAAGAACCUGUGGAAUCGGCUAACAUCUUCAUGCCAGUCUGUCCUGGAGAAAGUUCCUACCUCUACACGUCCCCUCACUCUGGAAACGGGUGACUUUCUUGAGAAGCCGGACAUCUCCCGCCUAGCUUCCUUUCACCGAGGCUGUCUGAGCACAGAGCGCGGGGACCCCAGAGGACUUGGGAGUUCGCGGGCCGCAAUGCCCGCUUCGAGCGGCAGGGGGCGGGCGUGGCCCGGGAGCGCCCUCCUGAGGGUUGGGACGGGGCGGAGCUUCAGGGGCGGGCCGGCUCAGUGCGCAGGCGCGGGGCCAGACGCCUCGCGCGGCCACGGGCAGGCGGGCGCAGAGCAGCCCCAGCUGCGGCUUCGGUAG